AGUCGGUGACGUCUGAACAUUUUUAGCAAGAAAUACUGGGGAAGUAAGAAGAAGAAGAUAGCAUAUUUUAUUAGUAAAACAGACAACUAAAAACAAAAAUGCUGGAUAGCUUAUUCGACGAUGUGAAGCGCAUGAAUAAGCGGCAGUUUAUUUAUCAAGUCCUAAGUUUUGGUAUGAUAGUAUCUUCUGCUUUGAUGAUAUGGAAAGGUCUGAUGGUGGUAACUGGCAGUGAAAGUCCCAUCGUAGUGGUCUUAUCUGGUAGCAUGGAACCUGCAUUUCAUAGAGGUGAUCUAUUAUUUUUAACAAAUUAUCCAGAAGAACCGGUCCGCGUUGGAGAGAUUGUUGUGUUUAAAGUUGAGGGAAGAGAUAUUCCAAUUGUACACAGAGUAUUGAAACUUCAUGAAAAGAAUAAUGGUACAGUUAAAUUCUUAACCAAAGGGGACAAUAAUAGUGUUGAUGAUCGAGGUUUAUAUGCACAGGGUCAGUUAUGGCUCACAAAAAAGGAUGUUGUAGGACGAGCUAGAGGAUUUUUACCAUAUGUUGGAAUGGUCACUAUUUACAUGAAUGAAUAUCCUAAGUUUAAGUUUGCUGUUUUAGCCUGUUUGGCAAUAUAUGUGUUGGUUCAUCGAGAGUGAUGUUUGUUUGAUCUGAUUUCUUGACGUCACUAAGCUUUUAAGACAUUGAGAGAGAGUAUCAUCGGCUCUGUGGAUGUAAUUUUAUGAAUAAAAGGUGUUUCUUCUAG